AUGGACGCAAAAGUCAAGCAGCACUACCUGGCUGACUCGCCUCCCUCUGUGGUUAGGCUGGAAAUCAAGUCUCACUUUGACAAUCUCAAGGAUGCUAAGCUGAGAAAAUAUGCACACUAUAUCAGCAGAGCUGCAUUCGAAGGUACUCGUAUUACACUACGUCAAGUUUCCCCCGAAUCCGAACCUAUCUACGAUCUCAUUAUUUCUCUCUACCAUACCUGCAAUGGAGACUGGGCUAGCCUUGCUCAGAAAGCCAGCGUCAGCGAUGAACACCUUCGCUUUUUCUUGGAAUAUGCCGUGCAAUUCCUCGGAAACUGUGGUAACUAUAAAGGGUUCGGUGACUCAAAGUUCAUUCCUCGAUUGCCGGCCGCAGCCUUUGAAGCUCUAGCUUCUACCACAGCAGAGACGAAGGCAGCUUUUGAGAAGGCUAGCAAGACUGGAGGUGGAAUUUACGAGACCAAUGAACAAUCUCUCAUGCACCUUGGCUACUCGGAAGGUGGCCAUAUGACCACCUACUACCCUGACUCGCCGUCCAUCACCAAGGAUGAAAUUACAGCGAUCGGGGAUCUUAUGGAGAAAAAGGGACUGCCCUUGGAGAAUACAAGACUAAGGAAGACGUCCUCUGGUGACUUUGAGCUGCUGAUUGCUUCUGGUGUCUCUUCGCCCCCUGCACAGGACCGGGACCUUGGCGAGACCGACUCUUUCGAGCUGGAAGGGAACCUGAAAGGAAAGACUAUCCGCUUCAAGGCGGGUCUUAACGCGGCCAAUGACAACCAGAAGCGCAUGCUUGACAGCUAUGCUAAGUCAUUUGGCGCUGGCUCUAUUGAGGCGAUCAAGGAAAGUCAGCGCAUUUGGGUGAAGGACCAAAAGCCAGCACUUGAAACCAACCUCGGUUUCGUAGAGACCUACAGAGAUCCCCACGGAGUUCGGGGAGAAUGGGAAGGUUUUGUGGCUCUGGUCAACCUAGAACGGACCCGGUCUUUUGGCAAGCUGGUGGACAGUGCGGAAAGCAUGAUCCCCAAGCUUCCCUGGGGCGAGGACUUCGAGAAGGAUACAUUCCUUAGCCCUGAUUUUACGUCUCUCGAGGUCUUGAGCUUCCAAUCUUCCGGCAUUCCCGCUGGUAUCAACCUGCCCAACUACGAUGAUAUUCGACAGAACCUCGGAUUCAAAAAUGUUUCCCUUGGCAAUGUGCUCAGCGCCAAGGCCCCCAAUGAGCCUGUUCCGUUCAUCUCUGAGAAGGACUUGGAUGUUUACCGUAGAUGCCGAGACCCAGCUUUCGAAGUGCAAGUCGGUAUUCAUGAGCUUCUUGGACACGGGACGGGUAAAUUGCUGCAGGAGACAGCUCCAGGGGAAUACAAUUUUGAUAAAUCAAACCCUCCCAUGAGCCCAGUCACGAACAAGCCCGUUUCAACCUGGUAUAAACCCGGUCAAACUUGGAGCUCCGUGUUUGGUGCUAUCGCUUCCUCGUACGAGGAAUGCCGCGCAGAGUGUGUGGCUAUGGUGCUUGGAUGCGACUUUGAAAUUUUGAAGAUCUUUGGAUUUGGUGACGGAAAGGAAGACCUAUCGAAUGAAGCUGGUGAUGUUUUGUUUGCUUCAUAUUUGCAGAUGGCCCGUGCCGGUCUAGUUGCAUUGGAGUUUUGGGACCCCAAGACUCAGAAAUGGGGACAAGCUCACAUGCAAGCCCGGUAUAGUAUCUUGCGGACAUUCCUCGACGCAGGCGAUGACUUUGUCAAGCUUGUUCAUAGCAAGGAAGAUCUGUCCGAUCUUGAGAUCCAUUUGGACCGAUCUAAGAUCCUGACCCAUGGACGACCCGCAGUGGAGAAAUACCUGCAAAAGUUGCAUGUCUACAAGAGUACAGCAGAUGUUGAGGCGGGCAAAAAGCUGUACGAUGAUAUCACUUCAGUGAAUGAGUGGUGGGGAACUCAGGUUCGUGAAAUUGUCUUGAAGAACAAGGUCCCCCGCAAGGUCUUCGUACAGGGCAACACGAUCCUGAACGGGGAUGAAGUGACCUUGAAGGAGUACGAGCCUACCCUCGAGGGCAUGAUCCAAAAAACCCAUUCGCCUUACGGAGUUGAAACGGAUUCCAUCACCUUGUCGCGGCAAUCGAGUUCUUCUGGCUCGCCUACCACGGCGCGGCCUCAUCAUUUAACGGACUCCCGAGCGGAGGACGACGACGACUUCUAUACCGCACCCCCGCCGCAAUCACCGGUCUCUGAAGCCUCAUCCUCUAAUUCAUUCACGUCUCGUCCGCCUCCGUUUUCUUCGCUCGUUUUCGCCUCUCCGACCGACCUCAAUCGAUCCCACAAGCCUGCGACCAGCCAGUCUGGGUCGCUUUCCCUCCCAGCCCCAGCUUUUGCACCUCCGCCACCCGUCGAAGAGUCUUUCGAGCCCGGGCCUUCACCUUCCAUAGUCGCGGAUACCAAAGCUUCUCUUUCUCGAGACCCGAAACCAGAGAACUUGGGGAAGUCUUCGGACGAAGAACCACCACCACCAUACACGGAAGGAGACAGUCCCAUCGAAUCAUUUACAUACGUAAUGGCUGCGGCAGGAGGCGCGUCGAGUAUCAUUACUCAGGUGCAGCAGGCAGCUGGACCACCGAUCAAUACACUCGGAGAUAUCAGCGGAGAUGAGCAUAUUACUCUUGAUCUUCGAGGAACUCGCUUCACUCUUUCCCGAGAUGAGUUAUUGACUUUGCCGGAAUUCGUUCUGCUGUCGCUUUUCCCAAAUGGCUUGCUCCCUGAUGGGCAUAUGGGUACUUUCCACGAAGGUGAUAUUUAUCCGGUUGAUUAUGAUCCUACAUCCCUUCAAUACAUGUUGGACUUCUUCCGUACUGUCGCUCAGUCGAUUCCCUCAUCCUCGCCUUCUCCAUCAACGUCCCCCGAAAUGGAAAUGUCCGACUCGAUGCAGGCAUCUGCCAGAGAUAUGCUCCAAGACCGGGCUGGCAUUAUUGUCCUGCGCGAGGACCUUGACUUCUACGCGAUACCACCGUAUCCCGAUAUUGACCAAGCGGAAAUGACUGAGGUUAAGCGAGCCGCUGCGAGAGCACUGCUGAAACAAGAUGGCAUUUUCUCCGGCCUUCGGAAAAGUGACGAAGUCGGCUCAACCGAACAACACCUUAUUGAGAUGCUGACAGCAGGCGGGUUUGACCGUGACGACCGAUGGGGUCACCGUGCCCCAGAACCCCACAAGGCAGUGAUUUGCAGUCUUGCGCUGGCUAAGCUUCGCACCGACAUCAAAGGCGAUCUGACCAACAACAAUGCCGUUGGAAUGGCCCAAAAACUCCUCCUAUUCUGGCGAAAGCCCGCCAGAAGAUGCUGGUGGGAAGGCGUCGAAUUAGAUGACGUGGAGGGUGUGGAAGGAAAAGUCAAGAUCUGGGUCCGCAGAGUGUGGACUCUUGAAAUGAGUGUUAUCGGACUUCGGUAG